CACCGCCCGCGCCCCGAUGAGUAACUCCCGGAACAACCGGGUGAUGGUGGAAGGGGUCGGGGCUCGGGUAGUGCGCGGCCCGGACUGGAAGUGGGGCAAGCAGGACGGCGGCGAGGGCCAUGUGGGCACGGUCCGCAGCUUCGAGAGCCCCGAGGAGGUGGUGGUGGUGUGGGACAACGGCACCGCCGCCAACUACCGCUGCUCCGGGGCCUACGACCUGCGCAUCCUGGACAGCGCGCCCACCGGCAUCAAACAUGAUGGAACCAUGUGUGAUACCUGCCGCCAACAACCUAUCAUUGGCAUUCGAUGGAAAUGUGCUGAGUGUACAAAUUAUGAUUUGUGCACAGUUUGCUAUCAUGGAGAUAAACAUCAUUUAAGACAUCGCUUUUAUAGAAUUACUACACCAGGAAGUGAACGGGUUCUGUUAGAAUCUCGCAGAAAAUCUAAGAAGAUCACAGCCAGAGGCAUCUUUGCUGGCGCCAGGGUGGUGCGAGGCGUAGACUGGCAGUGGGAAGAUCAAGAUGGUGGAAAUGGGCGAAGGGGAAAGGUGACUGAAAUCCAGGACUGGAGUGCAUCAAGCCCACACAGUGCAGCAUAUGUUCUCUGGGAUAAUGGUGCUAAGAACCUUUACAGAGUUGGCUUCGAGGGCAUGUCAGAUCUAAAGUGUGUCCAGGAUGCCAAAGGUGGUUCUUUCUACCGAGAUCACUGCCCUGUUCUAGGUGAACAAAAUGGUAACAGAAAUCCUGGUGGAUUACAGAUUGGUGACCUGGUAAAUAUAGAUCUUGAACUAGAAAUUGUGCAGUCUUUGCAACAUGGUCACGGAGGAUGGACUGAUGGCAUGUUUGAGACUUUAACUACAACUGGCACUGUGUGUGGCAUUGAUGAAGAUCAUGACAUUGUAGUGCAGUAUCCAAGUGGCAAUAGGUGGACCUUCAAUCCUGCUGUUCUCACUAAAGCAAACGUUGUCCGAAGUGGGGAUGCUGCUCAAGGUGCAGAAGGCGGCACGUCUCAGUUUCAAGUUGGUGAUCUUGUGCAAGUUUGUUAUGAUCUGGAAAGAAUUAAACUUCUACAGAGAGGACAUGGAGAAUGGGCUGAAGCUAUGCUUCCAACUUUAGGUAAAGUUGGGCGAGUACAACAGAUUUAUUCAGACAGUGAUUUGAAGGUGGAAGUUUGUGGAACAUCUUGGACAUAUAACCCAGCAGCAGUUUCCAAGGUAGCGUCCGCUGGAUCAGCCAUUAGCAAUGCAUCUGGUGAAAGACUCUCCCAACUCUUGAAGAAAUUAUUUGAAACCCAAGAAUCUGGUGACCUCAAUGAAGAAUUAGUUAAGGCUGCUGCCAAUGGAGAUGUUGCUAAAGUAGAAGAUUUACUGAAGAGACCAGAUGUGGAUGUAAAUGGGCAGUGUGCUGGCCACACAGCUAUGCAAGCUGCUAGUCAGAAUGGACAUGUUGACAUUUUGAAGUUACUUUUGAAGCAAAAUGUGGAUGUAGAAGCAGAGGAUAAAGAUGGCGAUAGAGCAGUUCACCAUGCGGCUUUUGGAGAUGAAGGUGCUGUUAUAGAAGUACUGCACCGAGGCAGUGCUGAUUUGAAUGCUCGCAACAAGCGCAGACAGACGCCACUGCAUAUUGCUGUCAACAAAGGCCACCUUCAAGUUGUGAAGACUUUAUUGGACUUUGGCUGUCAUCCCAGUCUCCAGGACUCUGAAGGUGACACCCCUCUUCAUGAUGCAAUAAGUAAGAAACGGGACGAUAUUCUGGCCGUUCUUCUAGAAGCUGGCGCAGACGUCACCAUCACAAACAAUAAUGGCUUUAAUGCCCUACACCACGCUGCCCUCAGAGGAAAUCCCAGUGCAAUGCGUGUUUUACUAUCUAAAUUACCAAGACCCUGGAUUGUGGAUGAAAAGAAAGAUGAUGGUUAUACUGCCUUGCAUCUGGCUGCCCUUAAUAACCAUGUAGAAGUGGCUGAACUCUUAGUACAUCAGGGUAAUGCAAACCUGGAUAUCCAGAAUGUGAACCAGCAGACGGCCCUCCACCUUGCUGUUGAGCGGCAGCACACCCAGAUUGUCAGGCUUUUAGUCCGCGCAGGCGCCAAACUAGACAUUCAGGAUAAGGAUGGGGAUACUCCUUUACAUGAAGCUCUCAGGCAUCACACUUUGUCUCAGCUUCGUCAGCUCCAAGAUAUGCAAGAUGUGGGAAAGGUAGAUGCUGCCUGGGAGCCAUCCAAAAACACAUUAAUAAUGGGGCUCGGUACCCAGGGUGCAGAGAAGAAAAGUGCAGCAUCUAUUGCUUGUUUCUUGGCAACCAAUGGUGCCGACCUCAGCGUUCGGAAUAAGAAGGGCCAGUCACCACUUGAUCUCUGUCCUGAUCCAAGUCUCUGCAAAGCACUGGCAAAAUGCCAUAAAGAAAAAGUCAGUGGUCAAGUAGGUUCUCGGAGUCCUUCUAUGAUCAGUAAUGAUUCUGAAACCUUGGAAGAGUGCAUGGUGUGCUCAGAUAUGAAGAGAGAUACUCUUUUUGGCCCAUGUGGUCAUAUUGCUACCUGCUCUUUAUGUUCUCCACGAGUCAAGAAAUGUCUCAUCUGUAAAGAACAUGUGCAGUCUCGGACAAAGAUUGAAGAAUGUGUGGUAUGCUCUGACAAGAAAGCAGCUGUUCUUUUUCAACCAUGUGGACACAUGUGUGCUUGUGAGAACUGUGCUAACCUGAUGAAGAAGUGUGUUCAGUGCCGGGCGCUCGUCGAGCGGAGAGUGCCUUUCAUUAUGUGUUGUGGAGGGAGGAGUGCCGAGGAUGCCUCCGACGAUCUCUCCAGUGGGAAUAUUCCAGUGUUACAAAAGGACAAGGAUAAUACCAAUGUCAAUGCAGAUGUGCAGAAGUUGCAGCAGCAGUUACAGGACAUUAAAGAGCAGACAAUGUGCCCCGUCUGUUUGGACCGUCUGAAGAAUAUGAUUUUCCUCUGUGGUCAUGGGACGUGUCAGCUCUGUGGAGACCGAAUGAGCGAAUGUCCUAUCUGUCGCAAGGCUAUUGAGCGAAGGAUUCUUUUGUAUUAACGUAGAAGCACAGUGCGUUCUGUUAGCUCCAGUGUUUGCUCUUGGGAUGUUAGCAGGCUUUUAAACCAGUUGGAGGUUCUAAUGAAUUAAUUUCUAAUAUCAUAGAGAGUAGUCAAACUAUAAAUCUAACAGAAGAAGAAAAUCUCUACAAAGCAGUGUUUGCAACCAUGUUUUUUUGUAUGUAAUUAGACAUAUCAUAUCUAUGUAAUUCACAGGUGAUUCACUUUUAGCUUGCAAGGAUAAAAUUUUAUAUCAGUUUCCCAA